AUGAAAGUAAAAAUUAAAAUAAGCACAUCAGAUUAAAUUGAACCUGAAUUAACUAAUAUGUAUCAUAAGAAUAAUAAACUCAUUGAUAUUCUGCAAAAGCUAUUAGCUGAGUUUAAACUAAAUUACCCAUACUCUUAAAACAGUGAUGCAAAAGAUCCUGCGAAAAUAGAAUUAGAAAAAAGAAUUUUAAAGUACACUAAUAAAAUGGAAAAAGACUGGAAAGAUGUAAAAGCGGUAGGAGAUGAGCUAAUAAAAGAAUAUAUAUCAGUUUAAGAUUAAAGAGUGAAACUCAAACAACUUAAGAGCUGUAUAGCAGAAUUGAAUGAUAAACUAACAAACGAGAUUAAGUGCAUGAGUUAAUUUUAAGCCGAUUAUUCUUAAGAAGAAGUUAAUGAAGAUAACAUCCUUAAAAUAUUAGUUUUAGAUUAAGCAGAAGAUUAAAUUUGCAACCUAUAAGCAAACAUACAUGGAAUACGCGACACAUAUAAAUAUACAUAAAAUCGAAUGAAAACCAGUAGCAAUGUAACUUUAGAGUGGGUUUGUUCAAUUGUAAAGUAGUUGGCUGAAUAGGAGUUUAAUGAUAUACAAUUAUUAAAAAAGUGCAACGGAUACUUUUACAAUUAAUGA